AUGGUUAAGGUUUCUAUUAACGGUUUCGGUAGAAUCGGUAGAUUGGUGAUGAGAAUCGCCAUGGCCAGAAAGGACGUUGAAGUCGUCGCCAUCAACGACCCAUUCAUCUCCGUCGACUACGCCGCUUACAUGUUCAAGUACGACUCCACUCACGGUAAGUACGCCGGUGAAGUUACCUACGAAGGUAACGCUUUGAUCGUUGACGGUCAAAAGAUCCAAGUCUUCCAAGAGAGAGACCCAGCUCAAUUGCCAUGGGGUAAGUUGGCCAUCGACAUCGCCAUCGACUCCACUGGUGUCUUCAAGGAAUUGGACUCUGCUCAAAAGCACAUUGACGCUGGUGCCAAGAAGGUUGUCAUCACUGCUCCAUCUUCCACCGCCCCAAUGUUCGUUGUCGGUGUCAACGAAGACAAGUACGCUGGUGAAACCAUUGUUUCCAACGCUUCUUGUACCACCAACUGUUUGGCUCCAUUGGCCAAGGUUAUCAACGACAACUUCGGUAUCGAAGAAGGUUUGAUGACCACUGUCCACUCUUUGACUGCCACUCAAAAGACUGUUGACGGUCCAUCCCACAAGGACUGGAGAGGUGGUAGAACCGCUUCCGGUAACAUCAUCCCAUCCUCCACCGGUGCCGCCAAGGCUGUCGGUAAGGUCUUGCCAGUUUUGCAAGGUAAGUUGACCGGUAUGGCUUUCAGAGUCCCAACCGUCGAUGUCUCCGUUGUUGACUUGACCGCCAAGUUGGCCAAGGAAACCACCUACGACGAAAUCAAGGCUGCCGUCAAGAAGGCUUCUGAGGGUGCCAUGAAGGGUGUUUUGGGUUACACUGAAGACGCUGUUGUCUCCUCCGACUUCUUGGGUGACUCUCACUCUUCCAUCUUCGAUGCCACCGCCGGUAUCAUGUUGUCUCCAAAGUUCGUUAAGUUGGUCUCCUGGUACGACAACGAAUACGGUUACUCUACCAGAGUUGUCGACUUGGUUCAACACGUUGCCAAAUAA